UUCCUGGAACUUUUCAUCAAAAAUGGAAGAGAUACUGUCUCUUGUGAAACAAAUGCAAAACGGUAUUUUGAAACUGGGGCCAACAGUUAGAGUGGGCACCAGGCACUAGACAUCUUAAUAAAAUUUUGGAGUGUGCACAUGACAGUAAUAUGUACCUAUCCAUGGUUAAAAUGGGUAGUCAUCUAGAAAAUUUAUGACGUUUGAGCUAUGGCUGUGGAAAAUCUAGAACCAAAAAUAGAAGAUCUAAUAAAAAGAAUUAAUAAAUUGCAACAAGCUAAGAAGGUAUUAAAUGAAGAGAUCUCUGAGGCAAAUGAACACAGUAAGACACUUCAGAUAGAACUGGAAAAGCUGAAUGCUGAGAAGUCAAGCCUUGAAGAAAUAUGGAAUCAGAAAAAGGAGAUCAAAAAAGCCAUGCAGAUGCAUUCAAAGGAGACACAAGCUGAAAUGCAGAGGGAGCAGAAAUUGAACCUUGCCUGCAAGCAACAAAUUGAAGAAAUCACAGCCAAGAUUCAGAUGGAAAAACUGAAGCAGAGGGAGCAGAGAUUUGCAUUUGAGCAGUUACUUGAUGAGUUGAUGGAGAAGCACAAGAAUCUCUGGGAACUUUAUGCCAGGGAGAAACCAAUGGCUGACAUGAAAAAGAGUAAGGAGCAGUUACUACUUGAAGAAAAACUAAUCCAAGAGAAACUGGCUCAUGUUCAAGAUGAACUGGAUUUGCUGAGCCAGGUUGCAUUUAGUGAAGAGAGAAAGUUUCUGAAAAGCCAGGAAGCUGCAUCUACUUUGGAGUUAUUUCAAGAGGAAAACAAAAAAGCAAAAAGUUAUCUUGAAGCAGCCUCAAAGUACAAUUCUGAUUUGCAGGAGAAAUGCAACAAGUUAAGAACAGAGCUGGAGGUCUUCGGGAUGGAGGAUGACAGCAUGAAUGAAGAUUAGCUUGUAGUCCACCAUACUGCUGUACAGGAAGAAAUGAUAGGUUUGUGUGUACAGCAGGAGCUUUGCUUUAGCACUGAGAGAAAACAUCUCCAUGAAAUAUUGGAUGUCUUGGUGGAAUAUUGGAUAUCUUGCUUCACACUUAAAUUUGUGGCUAACCAUUUGCUGUUAAUAAAUUUCUGUUACUUCUGCUGUCAUAAAAAUGGUCUAAUGGAAUUUUUGGUUUAUUUCUUGAUGUUUAUUGAUGCAAACUACCUCUAGAUCAAUGUUUCUC